AUGUCGGAGUUUGUGCAGUUUGUUGUCGGGCGGAAUCAUGGUCAGGAGAAAACUUUCUCAGCAUCCAAGUCUUCGUUGGAUAAUGCGAGCCCCAUGUUUCGUGCAAUGUUUUACGGUGAUGCAACCCAAACUGAUACCUGCGUUAUCCGGGCUGACGAUGUUCUGCCAGACGCUUUCUCCAACCUACUCAGCCAUGUACAGUGUCGUGAGGAUCCACUGGCUAAUCUCAGCCCCCACAACGUCUUCGCCACGAUGAACAUAGCCUUGGAAUACCACCUGCCGGCACUGUUGCAGCAUUGCUGCGAGUAUGUCUCCCGCAGUCUGCGCGCUAGCAACUGCCUGCUGUUCCUCGAUAGUGCCGUGCGCUUGGGCGCCGCAGAGUGCGUGGAUGCUUGUUGGGAGCUGGUGGACACUUACAUUGAAGUGCUGUUCUUGGAUGACUUUACUGCGCUGCAGCAGGACACGCUGAUCAUGCUGCUUCGACGCGAUACACUCGUCGUCGACGAAAACAACGUCUACAGGGCGGCCGAGAAGUGGGCGUUCGCGGCCUGCGCUCGCAAGAAUUUGGAUCCAACCGCCGCCAACCGGCGGCAGGUUCUGGGUGAGGCCUUCUAUCUCAUCCGCUUUCCGCUGCUAACAAGCGACCUGCUCACUAUCGCCUCUAUGAAGAUGGGUUUGCUCUCACAAAAGGAGCUGUCGGAUAUUAAUCACUACAAGAACGCGACUAUCAAACCACCACUCCAAUUUCCCACGGCGCCCCGCCAAGCCUCCGUUAGCCGCAUCGGCGGCGUGGAGCUCAGACACAAUGAGCCGGUCUUCGUGAAUCAGGGCGCGGAAUGCUGGCUGCCGGCGAAAGUCAUCGCGGGACGCCCCGCCGCACGUUGUUGUGUCGCUGUGUGCUGAAUGCCUAGGUGGUGAGGUGGUGUUGGUUCUCCAGGAGAAAAUUAUUCGUGCUGCAGACUUCCUCGUCCGUGGAAAAGCGGUGCUGGUGCACAAGGAGGUGGCUGAGUAUGCUCGUCCGCUUAUGCAGGGCAGCGCACAUAAGGUUCGAUUCGCCGGACGAGGAGCGCGAUUGGUGCAAUUUAUGGAUCUGCGAAUCCGGGAUGCCGAUGUCAGGGCGUGGACAGAGGUGCGGGGCCAAAGUACAAAGGCGCAUCUACGUCAAGACAGGACGAUGCCUGAUAGAAAUGAAUUGAAGGCGUUAAUACAGAGUUUUAAAGAGCGACGUAAACGACGGGUUUAUUCGAUGGACGUGGAGAUGAAACUGCGGUUAGCGCAUAUAUCGGACAGAUUUCCAUUCCUACAGAUUAAUGCGGCACGUGGAGGGUUAA